ACUGGCGUAGAUUUGAACACGGAAGUGAAGUGAGCGCUCCCGCACUGCGCAUGGAGGAGAGUUUUCUCCUGUUUAUUCUCAUAAGUGCGUAGGAUUUUCCCCUAAAUAAACUGGUACCGGUGCUGGGGAUGGCGGCGGCAGCUGACUGUGACCCGGUGGAGGGCAGCUGUGUCUGGAUGGAAGAAGAGGACUCAGUGGUUGAAGAAGCCGAGGAGUUCACCUGCUGUCCCCACUGCUCGGAGCUCGCCCAGCGGCAGAACGAGCAGCGCAAGGCGGGGCAGUUUUGCGACCUCACGCUGCUCUUCUUCUCCGGGGAUAGAGUAAACAUUCUGUCCGCCCAUCGCUCAGUGUUAUCGGCCGCUUCUCACUACUUCUCCGUGCUGCUGAGCGAAGACAGAGCCGCCUCCUCCGGGACAGUGGAGCUGCGGGACUGGAGCUCAGCGGGACCUGAGCCUGGCACAGUGGAGGCGGUGAUAGAGUUCAUGUAUACGGGACAGAUCCGUGUGACUGCCGCUAAUGUACAUCAAGUGCUGGAGCUGGCGCACAGGUUCCUGUUGGCCAAUUUGAAGACGUUCUGUGGGGACUUUCUGAGGAAGAGGUUGACUCUGAAAAACUGUGUGUCAGUUCACCGCUUGGCCUUAACUUACUCUUUGGACCAGCUUGUUGAUGGAGCCACUGCCUUAAUCCACAAAAAUUUCCACAAAGUUAUUCACAACAAAGAAUUUCACACUUUACCCUUUGAAUUGGUCCGAGACUGGCUGUCCGACUCAGAAAUCACGGUCAACAAUGAACAAGAGCUGUUUGAAGUAAUUGUCAAAUGGGUAAAUUAUGACAAAGAGGAGAGAGAGGAACACUUUGAGGAGUUGUUUGCACUUUUAAGGCUGACACAAAUAUCACCAGCAUACCUCAGCCAAGUUGUGAGAAAAGAGUCUUUAGUUGCCAAUAAUAACACUUGCUGUCAACUUGUGUCUGAGGCCAUUGAGGUACAUGCUAUUAGCUUGGAGAAUCUCAAAUUAUCUGACAUUGGUCUUUAUUCUUCAUACAUGAUGAAACUCAAGCCACGUUUUUGUCAGAAUAUGGAUGUAAUCAUGGUCGUGGGUGGCGUGUCCGAAAGCGGUGACCAUCUAAGUGAAUGCGUUGGGUAUUUCAUUGCAGAGGAUCGCUGGGUCAACCUACCACACAUUCACAAUCACCAAGAUGGACAUGCAGUUGCUGUGACUGACCAUUAUGUUUACAUAGCAGGUUCCAUGGAGCCUGGUUUUGCAAAGGCAGUCGAACGUUAUGAUGUGCACAACAAUAACUGGGAGCCUUUAUGUGCUCUGUCCACUCGUAAGCACUCAUUUGGUCUUGCUUGUGUCAAAAAUGUUCUUUACAGCAUAGGUGGACAUGGCAACUUUAGUCCUGGGUUUAAGGAUGUUGUUUUUUACGACAUAGAGCAAGACCAGUGGUACAGCCUUGAAUCAGCUCCGCAAAUAUUAAGAGAUGUUAAAACAGUUGUAAUCGAGGGGCGUUAUGUUUAUAUGAUGGCCAGAACUCCUAUAGAUAUUGAAGAGGAUGAUGGCUUGCGUACAGUGGCCAUUUGCUUCGACACAGAGACCAACAGGUGGCAGGAAGUUGCAUCCUUGCCUCUUCUAGACAACUACUGCACUUUUCAAAUGGCUCUUGCGUGCUCUAACUUUUACAACACUGCAUCAUUCUGUCCAAAAAACUACGAAGUGACCAAUGAUGUAGCGCAACAGAAAAUUAGCACUAGCAUCCCAGAAGAUAUCCUAGAGAGUCUGCCUCCAGAGGUCCUCAGUCUCGAAGGGGCCAGCGUCUGCCACCUAGGUGAUGAUAUAUUUGUGAUUGGUGGAUGGAAAGGAAGCAAUACAUUGGAUAAACAGUGUAGAAAAGAGGCUUAUAGAUACUGUGCAGAAAGGAAAAGGUGGAUGCUGCUACCUCCAAUGCCCCAGCCAAGGUGCAGAGCUACAGCCUGCCAUAUUCGGGUCCCAUUCAAAUACCUCCAAGGGCACCAGCAUUACCCAAUGCCCCACAAUCUCACUCGACAAAGAGACAGAUUCCAGCAUCUACAGUAUCUCCACAGAAGGACUCUAACUCUGCGAAGACAACUGCAAGCUCAAAUUGAAUGUUAAGACAGAACUCAGACUGUAACUUUAUGAUAAGCAGUUUGCCAAAAAUUCAAAAGCUAUGCAAAAUACUGUAUAUGAAUGUGUGUGUCUCUCCCAGUCCUUUUUAUACAAGGUUUUUAAUAUCGGAUUGAUUCACAAUUAAAUCCUAGAACAUACUUGGGAUAACUUUCUUGCACAAAUAAUGUUUUCUUAUCGAACAGUUUACAUGCUGCUAUUUUCCAAAUCACAUAAAGUUGUAAAAUCUCACAUUUUUGUUCAUUAAUUUUUUUCCUGUUAUCAACCAAAACAGAAUACAAACUGAUCUUCAUCUGCUAAUGAUCACCUCAACUUAAAUUUUGUUGAUUGCUGAUUUGCUGAUUAUGGUUUGUCAGUGAUGAUUUGUACAUUUAUAUAAAGUUAAAAAAAUGAAUAAAAUAAUAAUGUUUUAUGAAGCACUUUG